CGCAGGCGAGAAAGAAACCACCCAAACUCUUAACCCUGCUGCUGCAAAUUGUCAUUUCCCAUGGUUUGCCUGCUUUGCUCACGGAUGGCUGCUUCCACAACAGGAUUUACCAGGAGGGCUCGGAGGCCAGCGCCGCCGUGGUGGCCGUGGAGACCCACACCAUCCACAAGCUGGAGGAAGGGAUCGACCCCAGCACCAUCGAAACGAACGAGGAGAUCGAGAUCGCCUACCCCAUCACCUGUGGGGAGAGCAAAGCCAUCCUGCUCUGGAAGAAGUUUGUCUGUCCAGGAAUUAAUGUCAAGUGUGUGAAGUUCAAUGACCAACUGAUCAGCCCGAAGCACUUUGUUCACCUGGCUGGGAAGUCUACCCUGAAGGACUGGAAGAGAGCCAUUCGCCUGGGGGGAAUCAUGCUGAGGAAGAUGAUGGACUCGGGGCAGAUUGACUUCUACCAGCACGACAAGGUCUGCACCAACACCUGCCGGAGCACCAAGUUUGAUCUCCUCAUCAGCAGUGCCAGAGCUCCUGUGCCAGGGCAGCAGAGCGUGGUGCAGACCCCCACCUCUGCUGAUGGGAGCAUCACCCAGAUUGCACUGUCAGAGGAGAGCAUGGAGGAGGGCAUCGAGUGGAACUCAGCUCUGACAGCUGCUGUCACCAUGGCCACUGAGGAGGGCAUGAAGAAGGACACGGAUGAGAUCUCAGAGGACACGCUGAUGUUCUGGAAAGGAAUAGCUGAUGUGGGGCUGAUGGAAGAGGUUGUCUGCAACAUCCAGAAGGAGAUUGAAGAAGUCCUAAGAGGCGUCCAGCAGAGGUUGGGUCAGUCUCCCUUCCAGAUGACAGAUGCUGCUGUCUUGAACAACGUCGCCCACACGUUUGGCCUGAUGGACACAGUCAAGAAGGUUCUGGACAACAGGAAAAACCAGACAGAGCAAGGAGAGGAGCAGUUUCUUUACACACUGGCAGACCUGGAGCGGCAGCUGGAAGAGCAGAAGAAACUCGCCAAGGACCAGAAGGCAAAGUCCCAAACCAUCCAGAACGUGGUGCUGAUGCCCGUCAGCGCUCCCAAACCCCCCAAGAGAC